AUGCAGUGUCAGUGUGGCGACCUCUGGCACCUUCCCUCCGCCGCCGCCUUGGCUCUUCUGUUGUCAGCUGAUCAAGACUCCUCCGUGACAGGCUCCACCGUGACAGGCUCCUCCGUGACAGGCUCCUCCGUGACAGGCUCCUCCAUGACAGGCGCCACCGUGACAGGCGCCACCGUGACAGGCGCCACCGUGACAGGCUCCUCCGUGACAGGCUCCUCCAUGACAGGCGCCACCGUGACAGGCUCCACCGUGACAGGCUCCUCCGUGACAGGCUCCUCCAUGACAGGCGCCACCGUGACAGGCGCCACCGUGACAGGCUCCACCGUGACAGGCUCCUCCGUGACAGGCUCCUCCAUGACAGGCGCCACCGUGACAGGCGCCACCGUGACAGGCGCCACCGUGACAGGCUCCUCCGUGACAGGCGCCACCGUGACAGGCGCCACCGUGCGAGGCGCCACCGUGACAGGCGCCACCGUGACAGGCUCCACCGUGACAGGCGCCACCGUGACAGGCGCCACCGUGACAGAUUCCUCCGUGACAGGCGCCACCGUGACAGGCGCCACCGUGACAGGCUCCACCGUGACAGGCUCCACGGUGACAGGCGCCACCGUGACAGGCGCCACCGUGACAGGCUCCACCGUGACAGGCGCCACCAUGACAGGCGCCACCGUGACAGGCGCCACCGUGACAGGCUCCACCGUGACAGGCUCCACCGUGACAGGCGCCACCGUGACAGGCUCCACCGUGACAGGCGCCACCGUGACAGGCUCCACCGUGACAGGCUCCACCGUGACAGGCUCCACCGUGACAGGCGCCACCGUGACAGGCGCCACCGUGACAGGCUCCACCGUGACAGGCUCCACCGUGACAGGCUCCACCGUGACAGGCUCCACCGUGACAGGCGCCACCGUGACAGGCGCCACCGUGACAGGCGCCACCGUGACAGGCUCCACCGUGACAGGCUCCACCGUGACAGGCUCCACCGUGACAGGCUCCACCGUGACAGGCGCCACCGUGACAGGCGCCACCGUGACAGGCUCCACCGUGACAGGCUCCACCGUGACAGGCGCCACCGUGACAGGCUCCACCGUGACAGGCGCCACCGUGACAGGCUCCACCGUGACAGGCUCCACCGUGACAGGGUCCUCCGUGACAGGCUCCACCGUGACAGGCGCCACCGUGACAGGCUCCACCGUGACAGGCGCCACCGUGACAGGCGCCACCGUGACAGGCGCCACCGUGACAGGCUCCACCGUGACAGGCGCCACCGUGACAGGGUCCUCCGUGACAGGCGACACCGUGACAGGGUCCUCCGUGACAGGCGCCACCGUGACAGGCGCCACCGUGACAGGCUCCACCGUGACAGGCUCCACCGUGACAGGCUCCACCGUGACAGGCGCCACCGUGACAGGCUCCACCGUGACAGGCUCCACCGUGACAGGCUCCACCGUGACAGGCGCCACCGUGACAGGCUCCACCGUGACAGGGUCCUCCGUGACAGGCGCCACCGUGACAGGCUCCACCGUGACAGGCUCCACCGUGACAGGCGCCACCGUGACAGGCUCCACCGUGACAGGCGCCACCGUGACAUGGUCCUCCGUGACAGGCUCCACCGUGACAGGCUCCACCGUGACAGGUCAAGCUCAACUUACUUUGAAAAAAGAUGAUCGCUUCAAUAGUGUUAAUUAUUGA